UGCAAUACCUUCUACUUAAUCACCCAGCAUUGUGCAAUAUUUAAAUUUUCGAAAAAAUGUCACUGUUAUUUUUUAGAAUUCACUGCUCAUUAGAAGACCGCCAGCAGAGGUUGCACUGUAUACAAAAAGGAUAAAAUAUUCAUGGGAAAAGGAGGUGGGUGGUUUUAUCACAGAGCGCAACGUUGACUUUUCAAGUGGAAAUGAUUGGAUAGAAUUUACAGUUUCAAAUCGUUCAAUAUCGUGAUGGAGUUUAAACAUAAAGUUAUUUUGGCAUUUGUCUUAUCAGUUUUCAUUACAACAAUUUUCUGCAGCGCUAAAUUUCGAAUAUCAAAAUGGAAUAUGUGUCCUCCGAAAGAAAGGAAAUUUUUGUCAUUCGUGAAAAAAUCUCUCGAAGCCUGUGUUGACCACUGUUUAAGGAGAAAGCACUGCUUUGCGGUCGGAUACAAGCGUUUGUAUACUUUAUGCGAGCUUUUCACCGAGUUUACGUCUGCGUCAACUGACCGUGGGCAUUGUGUGAUUGUGAACAAAGACGAUAUUCAGACCCCGGAUGAAACAAACAAUGCGGAUCAAAGCAAUGAAUGCGACGAGUGGGAAGUGAAUCAAUCAACUGGAACGGGUGUUACGUGUGCGAAACAUGAAUGUCAAGGGCAAGAUACUUUGGAAAACGUGGUACGUCAAGGAAAUCUGAACGAGAUAGGUUCCAAGCUUGUGUCUUGUAAUCAAAGUGGAAAUGGCGUGGUAGAUGUUCAGACCCUAGAAUGCUCAUCUAAUGGAGAUUGGGAAAUUAGUUCGACAGUAAACAUGUGUUCGUCAGUGGUUGCUCGGAUGACUCAGCUGUAUUGUUCACAGUCAAAAAUACAAAUAUUCACCACCACGAUGUCGCAACCUGACGCCACAACAUUCUGCGCAACUAUUGGCGGGAAAUUAGUUAAAGUCGACGAGGAAUGGAAAUUCGAUGCUAUUCAAGCGCUUGUACGUGACUGUCCAGCUCUAAAUUCUUACCAGUACUGGGUAGAUGGUUUUAAUGCACAAACCGGAAUAGAUGAUUGGAAAUUUUCUGAUGGUACUCUGGUGCCCAUGGACAAACAUUUUUGGAAAUAUAUUGCCCCAAAUGAAAUGACAGGUGCUCCAAAUUGCUUCCGUAUGGUGCGUCACAGUUGGGAUGAAAUAGGGGACCAUCGUUUCGACGAUAAAACGUGUUCGGAACCUUUUGGUUAUAUAUGUGAACAAAAUUAACAAACACAUUAAAUUCAUUAGAAUUAUAUUGUUAUAAACCAGAUUUCAAGUAGAGGCACCGGAAACAUAUUUAUUUUUAAAAAGUACAUAAAAAGCUUAGUAGAUAUAUAAGAAACAAAACCGUAGGCAUAAAUGUUGCCGAUUUCAAAUUAUCAUUUUCUAAUAACCGAUAAAUGAACUAUGUUAAAUGCGCAUUCAAAACUCUUUAAUAUGGAAAGCCAUGUCUGUCUUAUAUUGUUAUUUCUUAAUUGAUUUAACCAUUUGGAUAAUAUAUAAGUUCACUUCGACAGUAUAUGAAUUUCAAACAAUAUCUUACUAAACCGGAAACAUUAUAUAAUUUCAAAGUACAAUAUAUGAAACCAUGCCGUCAGUGUAUGAAACCGAGGUAGCUAUAUAUAAGUUGGUUUUCUCAAUAUAUGACACCAGUUCUUCAAUAUAUGGUAUCAGAGUAGCCAUACAUGGAACCAGAUAUCCUUAUUUGAAUCCGAAUUAUCAAUAUAUAAUUUCAUUUUUCAAUAUAUAAAAUGAUGUCGUCAAUGUAUGAAACCAAAGUAACAAUAUAUAAGUUGAUUUCACAUUAUAUGUUACCCAUUCUUUGAUAUUUGGUACCAAUGUAACCAUUUAUUGAACCAGAUGUCUUUAUAUGAAACCGAAUAAUCAAUUUAUUAAUUCGUUUUAUAAUAUAAUGAAACCAUUUAAUCAAUAUUUGGAACCGAAGUAGCAAUAUAUAAUUGGUUAACAAUUUAUAUGAAACCAAUCUUCAAGGAAUGUUGGGUUUAAAUUUGAUUGUAUAAAUAUGCAUGAUUUUUUAAAUUUCUAUUUGUUAGUGAUCGUACCUCUAAAUUACUUUCACAGUUAUUUUGCUCUGCUUAAAAAGUUUAUUAGCUUAACAAUCUGUAUCCAUAAACAUUGUUAAUAGAGGGGUCGAGUGUUGACCGGUACCGAGUUGUUAUAGAGCCGAGUUGACCCUUUACCAAUAUUAAAACAUAUUGCAAAUGAAAAAUGUUGCAGUUUUGGAGAGGUAAGAGGGUUGUUGAGUGGGUAAAGGGUAGUGGGCGGGGUAGCGACCAAUCAAUGCGCAGACACCUGUGACUUAAGUUUCUCAACAUGAUUGUCAUGACACCUGAAUUUUAAAUCAAACAUAGCCUCUGUUUCAGAGUGCAGGAAAUGAUAAACGGUAUGUGUAAUCAAACACUAACAACAGAAAAUGUAGUCCAAGCAUACUAAUAAUUCACAUUUCGAUUUUACUCAUUAAGAUAUGUUUAUUUGGUUAAAUCUAACAAAUUUGGCGAAAUGUACUAUCUGUGAAUCUAUGCAUCCUACUUUCGUUUUCGAUUAAUCUGUCUGCCACCGAUAUGUCUUAAAUUGUUUUAGAAAUUCAUAAUUCUCGUAAUUUAAUAUCUUGACUUGGAAACGUAUAAAAAAAAUCCUGUGUAUGACAAGGAACAGAACCAGGAAAUGAUAAAAU